AUGCGGGGCCGCUUCCACGCCGGCAAAGACAAAUGGCCAGACCUGAACCAACUUAUCAGAGAAAGGCGGCUGGGGAUCUUAGCACUCCAGGAAUCCCACCUACCCGAUGACGACUGUAUCUUGCUGAACGAAAGGUAUAAGAAUUCGCUACUCAUUACCCACUCAAGCGACCCGUGUAACGUCACCAACAAUGGUAUUUCCAUAGUUUUUAAUAAACUACUAGUAAACACGGACUCUAUCGAAACGACGGUUCUCAUACCUGGUCGUGCCCUCUGCGCCAGACUUAAGUGGCACAACUCGCGGACACUCACUAUCUUGGCGGUAUACGCCCCAAGUUCUGGCGGAACUGACAACGAAGAAUUCUGGGUAUCACUCCAAAAUAAGCUCACCGCGCCAGCCUUCAACCUUGGUAAACCCGACAUCAUGCUCGGAGACUUCAACGUCGUCGAAGACUCCCUGGACCGCCUUCCCCCGCACGCUGACCGGAACCCCUCAGUAGCCGCACUACGAAACCUAAAAACGACACUCACCAUGGGAGACGGCUGGCGCGAAGCGUACCCCGACAUUAACGCAUUCACCUUCUUCCAGACGGCCCGACAAGGUGGCAGGAAGUCCCGCAUUGACCGUAUCUACCUAAAUACAUCCAUGAUCCCAUUCGCGCGCGACUGGGACAUCAACUCGUCCGGGAUCGACACUGACCAUAAGUUAGUCACAGCCCGAAUAUCCGCUAAAGACCUACCAUUCAUUGGACGAGGCAGAUGGACCAUGCCCAUCUUCCUCGUAGAAGAUGCUCACAUCUUAAAAACCAUCAAGGGUCGCGGAAAACGCCUACAAAACGAACUCACCGAGGGUGAAAGGGCUGACCGGACCAACACGAACAACCCUCAACUUGCAUUCAAACGGUUCAAAGACGACAUCAUAAAGAUGGUCCGCGACGCUGCAAAGAAACGGGUGCCUGCCCUGGAACGGAAAGCACUCGCCCUGAAAGGGAAAAUACAUGAGACUAUGAACGAUCCCCUAUCGAACGAGGAGGAAAAGAGACUGGUAACAUCAGUACUCCAAGAU